AUGGAGGUGAUGACAGACCGACCAGUUAGGCUAAUUUGUCGGGGAGCGACAAUGAGCCGCAACUGGCCACCGUGUUUUGCAGCCAACCUCUUAAUUCCUCAACCCUUACGAAGUGGACGCGCUCUUACGUGGGCUGCUACUCUGUGCAUUCCUCGAGCUUUACAUAGUUAUUUACAGGCAACUUUACCCGUGAGUCCUACUACUCCAAAUUGGGUCCCAACACGUGGCGUGUUCGGAGGUCAACGCAAGUCAAAGAUGUUUUGUUUUUGUCCAAAUGAUAAUGAUGAAGACAUUUUCGAACCAACUUUGUAUACCGAAGCUAUAUCGUUUCUUUAUCAGGUUUUAACUGGACUAUUUUUGCAUCUGCAAGGCAUUGUCCAUGUAACAAGGGUUGAGCAUGGGUGA